AUGAGCGACGCCUACGAACGUGAGCAGCAAAACAAUGCACUCCUCAACUCCCUCUCGUCCAAGGUCUCCGCCCUCCGACACGUAACGAUUGACAUCCAUGACAAUGCCCGAGAUCAAGACACGAUCGAUAGCUCGAACGAUGUUUUCUCUUCCCUCUCAACAAACUUGAAGGGCAGCGCCUCCCGGCUGACAAGGAUGGCGAAACAAGGCGAUACGGUGGCGGUGCUUAAGAUCGCUGGCAUGGUGAUUGGGGCCGGCAUCCUUCUCUACAUAAUCUUGGGCUGGAUCUUUUAA